AUGGGUCGACAGGAAUACUUAACGGCUAUGGCUUUGGGCCGUGGCCAUUACGAAGACGAGAUCAUCGAAACUGCUGUAGAAGGCAGUACUAGUACACAGCAGUACAAUGAUCGUGGUCAUCCCCGGAACCCAGAGACGAAGAGACGAGAACGGGAGCAUGUACGAGCAGCAAACGAAGUAAUGCAGGUCACGGGUGUGGUGGAAGAUUCGUUGGCCGCCAGGCAGAAGAUAAUGCAGCUCAUGAACGACAAGAAUCAAGAAACGUUCACUGGAUUGAGAUUUAUGGAAAUCGGUCGGGGUGUCUUGGUUGGUGGGGUCUGGGGAGUGAUGGGUUUGAGGAGGCGAGUCCUGCUCUACAAACCUUACGCAGAGACAAGAUUUCUGGAUAUUCUUCGACAGGAGAGAUCCUUUUACGGGAUCCCGCACAUGUUCUUGUCCGGAGUUCCAACCGUGAUCGCCUACCACAUUUCUGACUGGGUGGCAUUCUUCGUGGAAACCCUCAUCGACCAGUAUUACGAUGGAGAUGAGAAUCCUCCCACAGAACGACAAGAUUUCGUUCGAAAUAUUCUUCAUAACUUUCGCGACGCAACAUUCUGCUAUCUUACGCUACACUUCCGCCUCUUCGCCAUCCUUCAGCAGCUGAACCUUCUGCCAGCCUGGCCUUGGUUUCCGAGUCUCAAAUCGUUUAUUCCAUUCUCAUCCUCAUCGCCACUCACCAUGCCACCACUCCCUUCUUUGACUACCCCAUCCAUUCUAAGCUGGGGAAGGGCAUUGGCUACUACGCUGGCACCGAUGCUUGUGAUCUUACUCCACGGGAAGAUCAAGUAUGCCGCAUCCAGCAUCAUCUACCGUCCCAUAUAUAAAGCUCUUCCUCGACCAAUAGGCGACAGCAUGUUCGCCGGUUUAAACAUGUCAGCACCAACGAUGGAAUACGACACACCAGAUCGACCAGACGAGAGGCAAGGCAAUCGCUCCGACGAACCAACCCUUCGAGCUUUGGAAGGAAUGCCAGCGAUGACUAGUGUCCAUGGGGAUGACUCUGACGAUGAGGAAGAGCCAGCUCACGCUACUUUAAUCAGCUUCGAUGUCGAGGCAACAGAACCCGUUGAAAAUGCCACAGGGACUUGGUCCGCUGAGCUGCGGAGUGCAAAUGAGCCAAAGCCAACAGAAGAAGUGAAGUACAGAGUUACAGGUCUGACCAUGCUGCCACCCAUCAUGGCCACGGAAGGGUUACGGGAAAUCGUAGCUGGAAUAAUCGUCAUGCCACUCGAAGCAGUCAUGGUGCGCAUUAUUGGCCGGGCGUACAGAGCCAGUGCUGGACUUCCCAUGGUCGAUUUAUAUCCAGUUGGAUUCACUGUCCGUGGAUUCCAAAACAUUUUGUCAGCUUUGACGAUUCAAUUAGUUGUUACGGGCAUUGCCUGGGCUGGCUUCACGAUUGGAACGCAGUGGUGGGGUGGGAGGAAGAGGGCGAUGAUGGCUGAGAAGGCUGCUGCUGAGAGUGCUGAGACCGCGGCCGUUGAUUGA